AGAAGAAGUCUAUACAAAGGACCUCGAAUAAAUUAAAGAACUGUAAGAACAUAUUCACACGCACAUAUUUGAGUUUCGAUCUGUCGAUAUUCUUGGCCAUUCCAGAACAACUGAGAUUUAGAACAAAGGAAAUAUGGGUUUAGAAUGUAUAUUUUCUUCUAUGAUAGUUUGGGUUCCCUGACUGAAACUAUAAGAUAGUUUCUUCUUUGAAGUUUUGAAAGAAGUCCUUAUAUAAGACAAAACUAGAUGACAAGGAUCGUGUCAUUUAUUCAUUUCAAUACCUCAACAAGGAAAAGUUGUGAAUUUUUUUGCGUACACACGAGCAAAUAAAACUUGUCAAGGAAAACGUGCCCGUCUGUACAGGGCUUUCUUUGAGCUGCAGAGGAGAAGAUAUUUGGUAAUAAACAUAUGCCUAAACGUUGCAGUUGGCAACAAUACGUUUAAACUGUCCAGUCACUGAAACAUUGUACCUCCUACCGGGUAUACUUUGGUCUGUGUAGUUAUAUUCAGACUUCAUUAGUGCACGAAAAUUCGACACGCUUCGUAGGUUCUGUCGCUAGACACAUUUGGAUUGCCGGCGACUAAGUUUCAUGAGUAAAUUUUCGAUAGCGUGCGAAAUACGCUCGUGACCAACACGUUAAUUUUUGUCGAUGCAGUUUGCAUCAUUCUGUCAUGUUUCUACAUUGGUUUUCAUUUGGGCACGUGAGAAUGCGAAUGUACAGACGAAUACUGUUUGCAGUUUUCUGGGUGAUGUUGGCCAUUGUCGCUUUUGAGUUUUAUUAUUAUAACUCGUUUCAUCUUGCUCGGCAUGGGAACAGUCGUGUGGUGGUUGUUGUGGAAACAGUGAGAGGGGAUGACCACGUAUAUAAGAUCCAGGAGAAGUCAAAAGCAAUCAAUUCACAGAUAGGAAAAACAUCUAGUGAGCUUGGAUUUCAUAUUACUGGUCCAGCUGUUACCAAGAGUGUUGAAAGGCCGAAACCAGAGGUUUUAAAAGAAGCAAUGCCUCGUACAACGAUAAAAAGCUCCGAGGACGAACAGGCGGAGAUCGACAGCAGAAAACGAAAAAAAACGGUGGAAAAGGUCUGUCGAAACCUGAACGUCACGAACGUUUUGAAAGCGCCAGCAAACCGCAGGGAUAGAAAGAAGCUUCUUCAGAGAUUCAACGUCCUGCAUCAUAUUAUUGUAAACGAAAAACACAAGGUCCUGUAUUGUUUUAUACCAAAGGUUGGAUGCUCAAAUAUGAAGAGGAUAUUUUUGGUUAUGCAAGGCUUAUACCCAAGUGUUGAAAAAGUGAAAAUCGCCGAAAUGAAUGUGGAGAUCGUGCGUCUUGAUAACAAGAAAUUUACGGAGGAACAGAGGGAGCACAUGUUAAAAAACUUUUACAAAUUUCUGCUCGUACGCGAUCCCAUGGAAAGGCUUGCUUCGGCGUACAGAAAUAAAUGGCAAAACGACCGUAACGUCGAACUUCACGCGAAUCUGGGAAAACGGAUUAUAGAGAAGUAUCGCUAUAAUAACACUAGGAAGGCAGAACAUGGCCAUGAUGUUAGUUUUACGGAGUUUUCGCGGUAUUUAUUUGACACCCCACCUUGGGAACUAAACGAACAUUGGAUAACCUACGAGGAUAUCUGCCGUCCGUGCAACGUGAAGUACGAUUUCAUUGGUUCUAUGGACACGAUCGCACGCGAUGUGCCACAUCUGAUGAGGAAAAUACAUGCGGACGAGACGAAGUAUCAUCUCAUAAACAUGCGAGGCGGUGCGCCGCCGCUGACCAAAACCAAAGCGGCGGUACAAAAUUUACUACGCGAACUUCCGAAGAAGUAUUUUGAUCAACUAAUUUCCCGGUAUAGAAUAGAUCACGAGUUAUUCGGUUAUCCUAUUCCUAAUUUUGAGAGUUUGCAUAAGAAGCUAUGAUCUUCAUUUAGCCCGUGACGUUCGGUCUUAAUGCAUUACUAAUUUUGGUUAAACCACAAUUUCAAGGCAUUCUUUUUUAAAUUAUGAAUGAAUAUGUGUGUAAUUCGAUAUAAUUAUUUCUGUGUUCCAGUUGCUGUUUUUAGAGAUAUGGGCGUUUAAUAUCAGAUAAUAUUGA